CUACAGACAAUACCCACAGACGCAGGCAGCCAAUUGGGCCGUCCGGUUGCCGUGCCUCCUGGGAGCUGUAGUUUCCGGCUCCCUCCUCCUGACUCCAAACUCCACCGAGCAGCUGGAGGACGGUUGCUUGGUAUUAUUAGCAAGCGAGAAGUAUGGCGGUGGCGCGCGUCGACCCGGCUUUGCCUCCUGGAGAAGGAUCAGUGGUCAACUGGUCAGGACAGGGGCUACAGAAAUUAAGUCCAAACUUACCCUGUGAGGCUGAUAUUCAUACUUUGAUUCUGGAUAAAAAUCAGAUUAUUAAAUUGGAAAAUCUUGAGAAAUGCCGACAAUUAAUACAAUUGUCAGUGGCUAAUAAUCGGCUGGUGCGAAUGAUGGGUGUGGCCAAACUGACCCAACUCCGGGUGUUGAAUUUGCCUCAUAACAGCAUUGGCUAUGUGGAAGGGCUGAAGGAUCUAGUACAUUUGGAAUGGCUGAAUUUGGCAGGAAAUAAUCUCAAGGUCAUGGAACAAAUCAGUAGCUGUGCAGCUCUACAGCACCUUGAUUUAUCAGACAAUAACAUACCCCAGAUAGGUGAUCUAUCUAAAUUGGUAUCACUGAAGACCCUGCUUUUACAUGGAAACAUCAUCACCUCUCUUAGAAUGGCACCUGCUUAUCUACCCAGAAGUCUUGCUAUACUUUCCUUGGCAGAAAAUGAAAUUCGGGACUUAAAUGAGAUCUCUUUUUUGGCAUCCUUAACUGAAUUGGAACAGUUAUCGAUCAUGAACAAUCCUUGUGUGAUGGCAACACCGUCCAUUCCAGGGUUUGACUAUCGGCCAUACAUUGUCAGCUGGUGCUUAAACCUCAGAGUCCUAGAUGGAUACGUGAUUUCUCAGAAGGAAAGUUUGAAAGCUGAAUGGCUCUAUAGUCAAGGCAAGGGGAGAGCAUAUCGGCCAGGCCAGCAUAUCCAGCUUGUGCAGUAUCUGGCUACAGUCUGUCCUCUCACUUCCACACUGGGUCUUCAGACUGCAGAGGAUGCCAAACUAGAGAAGAUUCUGAGCAAGCAGAGGUUUCAUCAGAGACAGUUGAUGAACCAAAGCCAAAGUGAAGAGCUAGCUCCUCUUGCUCCUACUGAAACAAGAGCACCCCUUGUACCUGAGCAUUCAAGCCCUGUUCAAGAUGGCCAGAUAGUCCAGGAAAGCGAACCCGUCAUCCAAGUCAAUUCUUGGGUUGGGAUUAACAGUAAUGGUGAUCAAUUAUAUGCUAUUAAGAGUAACUUUCCAGCCUCUGUACACACUACAAGAUAUUCUCGAAAUGACCUGCACUUGGAAGACAUACAGACAGAUGAGGACAAGUUAAACUGUAGUCUUCUCUCUUCAGAGUCUACUUUUAUGCCAGUUGCAUCAGGACUCUCUCCAGUGUCACCUACAGUUGAGCUGAGGCUACAAGGCAUUAACCUGGGCCUAGAAGAUUAUGGUGUUGCAGAUGAAUCUGUGAAAGGGCUGGAAAACCAGGACUUUAAUAAGGAAGAUGAAAAGGCUUUUUGGACUGCAAAUGAGAAUUCCGUUCAAAUGAAGGAAAGUGUCAUCAGUACAGAGGUAAAUGAGAAAGAUGGGCUAUUACCUUGUCUGGAGCCAACAGUAACUAGUGCUGUCUUGAAGGAUGACACCCAUAGUCUUACACCUUUUCCUGAGUCAGUUGGACACAGUGUCUUCCAUACACAGCCAGACAGUGAAGAAACCAUGUCUCAGUCAGCUUCGGAGAAACUUCCCUGUGGGAUUUUAACCCAGAGAUCUGUUGCUCUGGGACAAGAUAAAGUUGCCCUUCAGAAAUUGAAUGAAGCAGCCACCAAACUUCAGGCCUAUUGGCGGGGCUUUUAUGCCAGGAACUACAACCCCCAAGCUAAAGAUGUACGUCAUGAAAUUCGGCUGCGCAGAAUGCAGGAACACAUCGUUUGCUUAACUAAUGAAAUAAGGAGAUUAAGAAAAGAAAGGGAUGAAGAACGUAUUAAAAAAUAUGUACAAGAAGAGGCUGUCAGAUUCCUUUGGAACCAGGUAAGGUCUCUGCAAUCUUGGCAACAGAUGGUGGAUCAGCGUCUAAGUUCCUGGCAUACUGAUGUCCCUCCUAUAUCAAGUACUCUAGUACCCUCUAAACCUCCAUUAUUCACCCAAAGUCAGGAGCCCUCUUCUGAUCAAAAUUCUGAUUGGCUCAUUGCUCCUGAUGAGGCUCCUCAAGAGAAAUCCUUACCAGAAUUUCCAGACUCAGGUUUUCAUUCUUCCCUAACAGACCACGUUCACUGUUUGCAGGAUUCUUUGGAUUUUGAAAAAAGUUCCACAGAAGGCAGUGAAAGUUCCAUAAUGGGGAAUUCCAUUGACACAGUCAGAUAUGGCAAAGAGUCAGAUGUAGGGGAUGUCAGUGAUGAGCACGGUGAAUGGAAUAAGGAAAGCUUAAACAAUGAGCAGGAUAAUAGUCUGCUUGAGCAGUAUUUAACUUCAGUGCAACAGCUAGAAGAUGCUGAUGAGAGGACAAAUUUUGAUGAAGGGACAGGAGAUAGUAAGCUUCACAUAGCUCCUUCCCCUGAAAAGUUAGAUGCCUUGUCUGACGGGGCUUCUGUAGAUGAUACUCAUGGCAUAUCUCCCACUUUGCAAGAUGAAAUCAGCCAGGCACCAGAAAAUUGUAAAUUAAAUGCUGAUGUUCAAGGGCAACAGUCAGACUGCGAUUCUACAUUUCAGGUAUUGCAUGUUGGUAUUACUGUGUAGCAUGUCUGGUUGCUUGGGAAGCAGAAAUCUACUUAACAAUUUCAGUUGCCUUUUUUUUU